AUGAAUCAAAGUAUGGCUUUGGCAUCUCUUACUGCAUCUUAUACCGAUUCAGAGGGCGAAGAAGAUGGUACAGAGCAUGCACACGAGAAUCAAGGGUCUGUUACGUUAACAACUCCAAGUGUUUCACCAGAAAACAAGUCAACGCCAACAUCUCGACCAUCUACACCAAUACCCUCAAAAAUUACUACAAAAGUUGCCAAAUUGGUCUCUUACCAUGAUGAUACUUAUGUAUCCGACGAUGAUGCAGAAGCUGAUGAUUUACACGGGAGUAAAACAAUUGUAAAUAUCAUUGAUAAAGAAAGCACUCUUGUUGCGGAAGUCGACGAAGUUGAAGAUGACGGCAUUCAGCUACCCCCUGAACCACCAGGUCAUUGUUCUGCCGAUCUGCAAGAUAAAAUAUUGAAAUUACAUGAAAAAAUGCAAAACAAUGCAUUAGAUAUGAACGCAUUAAUUCAACAACGUAAAGAUUUUCGUAAUCCCAGCAUAUACGAGAAAUUAAUCCAGUUUUGUGGAAUUAACGAAUUAGGUACAAAUUAUCCACCAGAGAUAUACGAUCCUCUUAGAUGGGGAAAGGAAUCGUUCUACGAAGAACUGGCCAAGGUGCAGAAGAUCGAGAUGGAGAAACGUGAAAAGGAUAGGAAGUCGAAAGUGGAAGUAAUGUCGGGUACCAAAAAACACGACGAAGAUCCCAAAAAAAGAAAAAGUAAAUGGGACCAACCAGGGGGUAACAGUACAUCUUCGCAAACAAUUAAACCGGCCGGGUUGGUGCAGCCCUCUCUUACAAGUAGCGCUACCGGCACGAAAGGCACAGUGAUAUCUGCAUUUGGAUCACUACCUAAGAAACCGAGACCAUAAUGAGUUAGGAAGGGAGAUCAUGAAGUGUUAUAGUUUAUGACGCUGCGGACAUUUGUAGAUUUAUUGUGAAAAAACUAUACGAAUGUGAUUACAUUACAUUACAUGUGAUUAGUAUUUAAGGUUAGUACCUAUUAUUAUAAAUUUGUGAUUAGUAA